GCCAACUCUGUGGGCUUGGAAUGUCAAGCUGAACCCAAAUUUGGAAUAACUAUUUUAGCCUGUCUCCCAAGAUCAUCUCUGCAUGCUCUAUGAAGAUGAUCAGAAUUAAGAUCAGAAUUAAACUCAAGGAUAAUUCAUAACCCAAACGGUUUUGCCACAAUUUAAAGUUUCCUUAACACCAUUUUGCCAGUCACAGUUUUUCACAUUCACCUAGCAAACACUUGAUUCAUCUUUUUAUAUCGAGAAACAGUUUUCUUCAUCUUCCUAUCCUUUUUGUUUAGUUACAUUGAAUUAUCCUUUUAUUUUUUCCCAAUCAUCAUCAUCUUGACAUAAGGUUAAAGGGAGAGAGUGAGAGGAGAGAGAGCGUGAGAGAGUCUGGUAGACAGUUAACAGCGAAAACCACAAAAUAAUGUUUUAGGAAUGGGUUAAUUGUUAGUCAACUCACAUUGCUUGAUUAUCUUUUUAACUAAUCAAUUUAAUUCUGUAAAUUUAUACCUUAAAACACAAGUAAACAUUAUAGUUUUACUUAAUUUUAUUGAACACGUUUCUAGUCAACUGUCAAUUUCAAGUUUAUUUUGUAAAUUUAAUCUUACAAAAUCUUAACCGACUGUGUAAUCUUAUUGUCCCACUAAAUAAUGGACUCUGUUAUGGCUCCACCACCCCCGCCUCCACCUCCACCACCAUCAUCAUCAACUAACAUAGGUAUGGCUCCACCUCCACCACCUCCACCACCCCCUGGUUCAAUGGGUGCGCUUAAGAUUCCAACUUACAAAGAAGAGCUUGAACAAAGGCAGCAACAGAUGCAGCUACAGCAACAGCAAGACCAAUUUGCUAAUUUACCUCCACAGUUAAUGAAUACAAUGUCUAAAGACAAGAAGCCAUUUACUUAUACACCUUUGGCUGUUGGUGACAAAGGUAAAUUAGAUUUGAGUCAAAUAAGAUCGCCUAGGAUGAAAAAACGAUUAUUAGCUAAUAUGAUGGAGGGUGAAGAUGAUCAAACUAAACAGCCAACAAACAAAGCCGGUCAACCUUCAAAUGAAAAUCAAAUGGGUUCAAUUGAAAGACGAGCUUAUACACCAGAUAUAACGAAUCCUCUGAAGACAGAUAUUGACUUAAAUAGAGCUCUAACACCAGAUCAAAUACCUUUAAGUAGCAAUUAUAACAAUACUUAUGAUUCUAAUAACAAUCAUCGCUCUCCACCAACAAUUGGCUUGCAACAAGGUAAAACAUUUAAUGUACCUUCUGCUCCUAAACUUGAUUUUACCAAGGAACUUUUGGCUCGAACUGGUAAUCAACAACAAUCAAGCCCUAUUUACCGUCAACAAUCACAACAACAACCCUUAAGUCCUGUUGAAUUUGAAGCUGUUGUUAAUGAGCAAUUAGAAGGGUUAAAUACUGCUAUUCAAAAUAUUAGUCGAUCACCAGAAGUAAGAUCUAUACCGUAUGGACAAACAUCUCCAGCUUAUGCUGGAGGUAAACAGCCAUCACCAUCAUCAACAAGUCCAUUUGCUUUUGUAAAUAACUAUGCAAAUAAUUCAGCGGCUACGGGUAAUUCAAGUCCAACACCUUAUUCAAAUCCAAUGAUGAACAAUUAUAAUAGCAAUGUAAGAGACAACAAUAAUAAUGUUAGCUAUAAUAAUUACGGACAAUCUCCACCGCUCAUUGUAUCAUCACCUUCAUCUACUCCAAUUGGCUAUGGAGCUAAUACUAGUAGUGGAGGAAUGGACAGUCCAACAGCAAAUUUAUACCAAAGAGGAUCACCAAUCACUGUUAAACAAGGACCUAAAACUUAUUAUUCGGUUCCUCCUCCCAAAAAGAUUGAUUUACUCAAGGAAACCCAAGAAAAUAAUCAAGAUCAUUAUUCAACUCCAACUAAAAUUAUUGGACCUUCUUUACAAGAACAAUGGAAUGCUAAAAGACAAUAUCAAUCAGCAUCACCACAACAGCCAAGAUCAGCAAAUGAAGGCAAUUAUGGUGGCCAAUACAAAAUGAAUCAACAACCACAGUCUCAACAAAGAUUUUAUGAACCAGAAAAUGAGGAAGAACGAAGUGAACCCGUUCAAUCAAGAUCAUUUAAAGUUUUACAAAAAUUAACCGAAGGAAUCCAAGAUGAACUGGAAAAUUUGAAAUUGGUUGAACAACAAACCCAACAAGAGUACCAAAGACAGAGACAAGCUCAACAGCAACAACAAAAUCAAUCUGAUUGGACACCGCAAUGGCGACGAACACCUUCAGUGGAAAGUCCUCAACCGCAAAACCAAAGCUCACCAUUUAGUCAAGAGGCAAUGGAUCCAAGAUACAGAGGACCAUCCAUUCCUAGUAACUCAUUCAAAUAUCUUCAAGACAUGGUUGGCUUGACUGAUGAAGAAGCUCUUCGAUCGCCAUCAAUGACUCCAAAUUAUCACCAACCAAGGCAUCAACAAUCCUCAUCACCUUCAUCAACAUCAUCUCAACCCUUUUCACAAUCACCUUAUCAUCAACAACAGCAACAACAACAAAGACAACAGACUAAUCAAGCACGAAAAGUUCGUACAGAAAUUGAAAUCCCAAUUAUUCGUGAGAGUGAAAUGGUUCCUCCUUCACAACAAACUCCAGUCAAAACUCCACCUCACUAUACUGGUUCAUCAAUUCCUUCAAGAUCUUUCAGAAUGCUUCAGAUGAUGACUGGUGAAGAACCUUGGAAUGCUAAUAGAUCUCUUCCUCCUUAUGGAACUGAUUUCUAACUCGAACCAAAUUCCUUCUUAUUAUCAUCAUCUUCUGCUUUGAUUAUUUGUCUCUUCCGCAUGUUUACUUCGUUUACUCCGUUUAAUCUUUCAUUUAUUUUGGUCCUAAAAAAGCUUCAAUAUUUCAAAGGUUCAAUUAUUAUUAAUUGUCAUUAUUAAUUGUAACACCUGACCUGGCAUUCAUUUCAACUCUACUCUCUGAGCUACUAAUUGAAAUGAUUAGUAAAACCCAAAAUCAUUUGGUUAUUCUGUUAAUCAAUAGGAAAAUUAUCUUUUUACAUAUCAACAUUGUUAGUUUUCUAAGAAAUCAAUCUCUCAGAAGGUAAUUAAUUUUAAUGGUUACAGGGAGAUGUUACAAUCAAAAAUGCAUGUAUUAUACAUUUACUUGAAAGCUAACAAUCCAAUUGAUUAGCAAAAGGUAACUUCAAUUAUUACAAGCUAAUUUAAACCAGACAUUAUUAUACAUCUCCAUCAAUUAUUGUUAAUGUUAUCAAUUCAAUAACGAUUUUAUCCGUUGAUUAAUGAUUAACGCUUGUCGUUACUUUCAACUUAAUUGUUGAAUCAAAUUCAAAAGUCUAUUUCCAUGUUAUGCUAUAAUUAAAUUAAACAAGAAUUAAACUUUGAGAAUUCAAAAUUAAUGAAAUAAUCAAAUCCUUUUUAAAUCUUGUUUCAUUCAAAAAGCAGUUGAGUAAUUGAACAAAAUUAAUUUGGAAGAUUUUUUAUUUGAUUUGUCAGAAUAACUUUCCAAUGAAGUAGAUUCAAAUCUAAAUGAUGUACAUAAUGAACAAGAUAUUAACUACUUAACAAAAGAAAUUAAAUGAAGUGAAAUUAUGUUUAAUUGAUAAAUCAAAUUAUUUGAUUGUUUGGCUUCGAUUUGAUCGAACAAUGUGGAAGUUUUGUUUGCCGUCACGGAAUGUCCUUUCCUGCUGAACCAGAAAUUUAUAUUCAAUUUUGUACACUAUAUUUAAAGAUGUUUUGACUUGGAAGUAAUUGUUCUCAAGAGCUCAAUAUUAACAAAAUUAGUGAUUUUGUUUGACAAUCAUUUAAACUGAUUUACAUUUGCAGCUUUUUUUUACGAAAACAGCAUUAAUGGCAAUGUAAUUCAAUUACCAGUUAACUGUAAUCAUUCAGUUCUAUACAAAAUUGAUUGUUACAA